GCUUAAAAUGUCUGUCUUCUCUUUUAGGAGUCAUUGAAGCACUGUGCAGGUACUAUCAAAAUGAAAUCAAAGAUAUAAAGCAUGUAUGGCUUUCUACAGGAGUGGAUCACUUCCACUCAUCUUUGGGAGACAGAGGUUGGGGUUGUGGCUACAGGAACUUUCAAAUGCUGCUUUCUUCGUUAUUGAAGAAUGACAUGUAUAACGAUUGUUUAAAAGAUAUUACUUUGAUUCCUUGUAUUCCAAAAAUUCAGUCCAUGAUUGAAGAUGCUUGGAAAGAAGGUUUUGAUCCUCAGGGAGCAUCUCACUUCAGUAACAGAUUACAUGGAACCAAGGCAUGGAUAGGAGCAUGUGAAAUUUAUUCUCUGUUAACUAGUCUCAGAUUAAAGUGUCAAAUUAUUGACUUUCACAAGCCAACUGGCCCUUUGGGUACACACCCUCGCUUAUUUGAAUGGGUUUUGAGCUACUAUUCUUCAAACAGAGAAGGUGGUACAAAAGUAGUGUGUACUCCCAAACCACCUAUCUACAUACAGCAUCAAGGACAUAGCCGUACUAUUGUUGGAAUAGAAGAGAGGAAGAACAGAACAUUAUGUUUACUAAUAUUUGACCCAGGAUGUCCGUCCCAAGAAGUGCAGAAAUUGUUAAAACAAAGCAGUGAUGAUACCAGUCCCAAACUAUUUCGGAAAUUUGUGGGUAGCUUAAAAAAUAAGCAGUACCAAAUAGUGGCUAUAGAUGGCGUGCUCUCACCAGAUGAGAAAGUUGUAAGUAUUCCUGCAAAGUUCCUGUAUACAUAAUAACAGCUUUAUAUUCAUGUACAUAAUGCUUUACAUGUAUCCAGCAUUUUCUCCAAAAGAAUACUGAGCUCCUCAGAAACAAUACCACAUCCAAUUAAUACUGUAAAGGGCAUUUAAUUCAGGGUGGAUUGAUUUAAAUCACCAAAAAAUGUAUUUUAAAACAUUACCAAAAAAGCCAAGACAGAUUGUGCUUAUAGCACACUUCAUUUUUGAGUAAGCCCCGUAGAAGUGCCAGUGAGUUCAAUUUUGGGGGGAAACCAGUAUAGAAUGGGAUUCCAUUGGAAAAGCUGAGUUAUGCUGAAGUAAAAAUAGGGAAUAAAUUUAUGACAUUACCACUGUGGUCUGUGGUCAUGAUGUUACAAAAUAAGGGUGUGUAUUAUGUAAUGUUAGAUAAAAAAAAUGACAGUGGCUACUCAAGAUUUCUCUUACUACAGCUUUCUGUAUUGUGUACUUUGGGUGAUAGAGUCUAAACAUAGUUAACUAAUAAGCCAUAAGGUUUAGCUACAUCCAACAUAGUAAAUAGCUUGGGAAAUUUAUUUAUCAAAUCACACUUAUAUUAAAAGGCAUAGAGGCAGUCUUGAAGAAUGCUGCAUUGCACAGCAAAUUAUUAACGUUACUAAGCAAUUGAUCUAUUCAGCCAUAUCCACAUCUUCAGGGCUCGCCAAGUGGCAGCGAGCCCUGCUCGCCAGCUGCAUGGUUCUGCAAGCUGCGCAUGCGCAGAUCGUGCGGCGCCGGCUAUGCCAGCUUGUAAUCUACUCGCCAUAGGCAAGUAGAUUACAUGAUCUGUCGAGCCCUGCACAUCUUCAUCCUCAUCAUUUUCUCCCAAUAAGCAGUUUUCCGUAUGAUGUUUCAUUCUUGCAGCUAAGACCUGCACCAUCUUCUUGCACUGCUUACACUUGGCACAUUUUUCCUUUUUUACCCAAGGAAUGAAUUUCUUCAAAAUAGUCCCAUAUAGGAUCUCUCUUAUGUCUAGAAGCCAUGACACUUUUUCCAUGUCAAAAGUGUGGGGAAAUAUAAAAAGCUGCUAAAUAGUGUCUUCCCUUUUUCUUUCCAGUCCACUCCACUGCCGCCUGCAUCCUUUCCUAUAUAUUGUCUCUCUGAGACAGUGUCUUAACUCCUUUGUUGUGCUUGAGUAAGGUCCACGACAAGUAAAGACAGAACAAAAAUAAUCCUAUCCAGCUUAUGUCUUUCCAUGUUACUUUUUAAUUUGCCACGAAACAGAAAUUGAAAGCCCAGAACUUUCAAGCAGCAAAAACUGGAAAUUAAGAUAGACAGAUUAGGGCCAUUAAUUCAUUUUUAUGAGACUGUAUGGGUACAUGUCUCAUUUGUGAUGAGAUUUAAUUGUUUCUUAUUUUUUA